GUCUGUCUGAAUAGGCUGAGGAAAGACCCUGUCCGAGUCUGGGUCUCCCUGGCACGUUGGGGAUGGAGAAUGCACCUGCCCGCCAUUGUCAGGCCUUGCAACCCCACUGCCCCUCAAGAAUGCCCCCUCUUGGUCUGCCUGUCCUGGACUCUGCUCUCCCCUCUCCCCCGAUAUCCUGCUGGGGAGGCCGCCCGUGAAGGUUAGCAGCCUGUAAUGAUUAACUCCACAGACACUCCAGCAUUCUUCCCAAAUUAAACUUUAAAAGAGCUGCCCCCCUGACUCCCAUUGGGCGUUUUUUCCCUAGUUAGGGAGUGGGCGGGGCCUCAGGGUCCGGGGCCCUCCCCCCAGCUCCGGGUCAUCUAGGGGUUUCCCGCCUCCUCACCUGGGCCCUCACCCUAAGGGCUCCCCCACGGGUAAAGCCUUUACCCCCCCCCCCCCACACACACACUAAAACCCGAUGGGGGCGGGGGGGGGUCCUGGGCCAGGCCGGGGCCUUCCCGCCCCCUCCCGGCGCUUCCAGCCCCUCCCCCCACCCUGGGAGGUACCGAAGGUGGCCUUGUUUUCUACGGGCCUCUUACACUGGGCCCUGCCACCCGCCCUCGGGGCCAGCCAGGUGGGGCAAGAUUCAGGAAGUAAACAAGGAGGCUGAAGGCCUGGAGGACGGGAAGGAGGGUGGGGCCGGAGCCGCCAGGGCAGGAGAGGCUACUGGGGGAGCCGCAGCUGGGAUUCGCAGUAAUCAGGGGACAGACUGAUUUGGGGGGCCGAUUUCUUCAAUGUAACCUUCCCAGGGCCCCAGUUUGAAAGCUUCAGAUCUCUUGGCGAUGGGGGUGGAGGCUGCCCAAGCGGGACAGCUAGGACCCCGUUCCUGCUCCCUCUUCUCUUUGGCCCCGACUGCCCCAUUCCUGUCUUGCCUUAGAAGGGUCUGGAGAGCAGGGUGGAGGGAUCUGAAGGCUAAACCCAUCUUGAGUCAGCCUUCCUGCCCACAGAGGCCAGACUCUAGUCUGACUUAAAUCUACCCUCUUCCCUUCCAAAUGCUGCCCAGAUUCCUCUUCCCUCUGUGAUGGGGGAGGACCCAGUCCUCUGGGCCCCAGAGCACCCCACUGUUGGUCUCUGGCUUCCCGGUGGAGGUAGCUCCUGCAGCCCCUCCCCUAGUCCUCCUCGGAACGAAGUCACCGGGGCUGUCUGCCAGAGGUUAGACAGGGGCGCCAGUGGAGUGUUGAUGUGCUGGUGUCUCCUGAUGGUCGAUGGUGGGUGUGUCUUCCCCUUCCUGGCAGGACCCUCCCUGGCUCUCUCUCUCCUGGCCUUUCCCUGUCUGCCUGUCUGUGUCUGUCCUCUUGUGUGUCUUGACGUUCUACUCCUGUUCCCGAGUACACUUCUGGCCAGGACACCCAGGAGAGUGUAUUAAUUAGAAGGACCCUCAUCCCCCAGGGGUGAUGAGGAUGGGCCCCAUGGGCCAUGUGAGUCCUGGGUGCUAAGGGUGGGCCCCAGACAGGAGAAGGAGCGCUGAAUGUUUCUUUGGGUUACUUUGGGUGCACUAGGGGCAUCCCUGAGAGGUCAGCUCCACUCCAGAUGGGCUUCUGAAUCCAGGCCAGGUCUUUCUUCUCUUCCUCCUGGGUGAGGGGGCUCCUGGGCUGGGUGGUGGCUACUGGGGCCCAUUGCAGGUGCCACCUGUGCUGGAGGAGGUGGAGUUAGGCCAAGGGUGGGGAAGAGGAGAUGAUGUAAGAGGAGCCUCAGUGCCCCCCCCAACAUCCUCCUCCUCCCCCAUCCUGUUCCCGGCCCCUCCCCCAUUCCUCCCAGGCCAGUAGGCUGGGGGCGGGAGUGGAGGGGGUGGGUAGAGGCAAGGUUGUUUGUGUUUCUCCUAAGCCAGGAAGUUGUGCAGAUGAGUCAAGGUUUAAUGGAGAGCCCCAGGCAGUGCUGUCCCACCCCACCCUGACUCACCUGUCCCCCAAAUCUCCUCAUGCCCUCACUUAAGGGUUGGGGACCUGCCUCAUCCUGGGAGGGUCAAUCCCAGGUACCUUAGGCACCUAACAGCACUGGCCCAGUGUCUGGAGAGCAAGCAGGGGGCUGAAGUGUGUGUCCUCCCAGGUCCUCCCAGGUCUCAGCCCAGCCAAAAAGGUCUUGGUUCCUGUGGAGGAGGGGCCUGCAAUGCCUCUACCCCCUAGUGGGCACCUUUGCCCCGUCUCUUCUCUCCUUACUCGUCCUGGAUGCCUGUGGGUGAUAAGACAUGGAUGUCAUGGAGCUGGGUCUGUCUCCACCUCAUCUCAGCAGCUCCUCAGAAGACCUGUACCUGGCCCCUGGGACCCCUCCUGGGACGCCCCCGCCUCCCGAUGUUCCUCUGUCUGGGGAGGUGAAGAGGUCCCAGCCUCUGCCCAUUCCGACCAGCAGGAAACUUCUUCGACAGGAGGAGCUGCGGUCAACCUCUCUACCCUCCAUCCCCAACCCCUUCCCCGAGCUCUGCAGUCCUCCUUCACAGACCCCCAUUCUUGGGGGGCCCUCCAGUGCAAGGGGGCUGCUCCCUCGAGACACCAGCUGCCCCCAUGUCAUAAAGGUGUACAGCGAAGAUGGGGCCUGCCGGUCAGUGGAGGUGGCAGCGGGCGCCACGGCUCGCUACGUGUGUGAGAUGCUGGUGCAGCGAUCUCAUGCCCUGAGUGACGAGAACUGGGGGCUGGUGGAGGGCCACCCCCACCUAGCACUGGAGCGGGUCUUGGAGGACCACGAGUCGGUGGCGGAAGUGCAGGCUGCCUGGCCCAUCGGUGGAGACAGCCGCUUUCUCUUCCGGAAAAACUUUGCCAAGUACGAGCUGUUCAAGAGCACCCCACGCUCCCUGUUCCCAGAAAAGAUGGUUUCCAGCUGUCUGGACGCACACACGGGCAUAUCCCACGAAGACCUCAUCCAGAACUUCCUGAAUGCAGGCAGCUUCCCAGAGAUCCAGGGCUUCCUGCAGCUACGGGGGUCAGGACGCAAGCUUUGGAAACGCUUCUUCUGCUUCCUACGCCGGUCUGGCCUCUAUUACUCCACCAAGGGCACCUCCAAGGAUCCGAGGCACCUGCAGUAUGUAGCAGACGUGAAUGAGUCCAACGUGUACGUGGUGACCCAGGGCCGCAAGCUCUACGGGAUGCCCACGGACUUUGGCUUCUGUAUCAAGCCAAACAAGCUUCGAAACGGCCACAAGGGGCUUCGCAUCUUCUGCAGUGAGGAUGAACAGAGCCGCACCUGCUGGUUAGCCGCCUUCCGCCUCUUCAAGUAUGGGGUGCAGCUGUAUAAGAAUUAUCAGCAGGCACUGUGCCGCCACCUGCGCCCACCGUGUGUGGGUUCCCCGCCCUUGAGGAGUGUCUCAGACAACACCCUGGUGGCCAUGGACUUCUCUGGCCAUGCCGGGCGUGUCAUCGAGAACCCCCGGGAAGCUCUGAGUGCUGCCCUGGAGGAGGCCCAGGCCUGGAGGAAGAAGACGAACCACCGUCUCAGCCUGCCCACCCCGAGCUCGGGCACGAGCCUCAGCGCAGCCAUCCACCGCACCCAACCCUGGUUCCACGGACGCAUUUCCCGCGAGGAGAGCCAGCGGCUCAUCGGGCAGCAGGGCCUGGUAGACGGCGUGUUCCUCGUGCGAGAGAGUCAGCGGAACCCGCAGGGCUUUGUCCUCUCGCUGUGCCAUGUGCAGAAAGUCAAACAUUACCUCAUCCUGCCGGUGAGUAGUCCCAGGUUCCUGCCGCAGUGGAGAUGCAGGGCUCCCAGCAACCUGUCCUCCUCACCAGGCCCCCAGUGUGCCUGGGGUCUCCUGCUCUUUCCUUCCUCCUGCUCAAGCUGUGGGGACCUCAGCCCUGGCCCAGGAGGGAGCUCAUUUGGCCCCGGGCCCCUCCCUGAACUCCACCCCCUCUGGCCACACCCCAGAGCGAGGAGGAGGGGCGCCUGUACUUCAGCAUGGACGAGGGCCAGACUCGCUUCACCGACCUGCUGCAGCUUGUGGAGUUCCACCAGCUGAACCGCGGCAUCCUGCCCUGCUUGCUGCGCCACUGCUGCACCCGCGUGGCCCUCUGACCACCACACAGGCAGGCCUGCGUCUCAGCCCACUCUGGGCCGCCCACCCACCUCCGCUCCUAGGGUGGACUCGGAGGGGGCAGGAAGUGGGGCCAGGGUCAUCGUGAAUGGCUGGGGGCUCCCCCACUCCGGUUUCCUCCUCGCCUCCUGGCCUCUCUCUGGCCGAAAGUGCUCCCCGCCCGGUCCACCCUUAACUUCUCCUUCAGGGAAGGCACUUGGGUGGGCAUCUCCCCUUCAUGGCGCUGCUCUGGGCCAGGGCAUUAUGGGAGAAAUGGGGGCAGCCCAGGUGGUCUUUUUUUUUUUGUUCUUUUUUGGGUUUUUUUUUGUUUUUGAUGUUUUGCAGUACGCGGGCCUCUCACUGUCGUGGCCUCUCCCGCUGCGGAGCACAGGCUCCGGACGCGCAGGCUCAGCGGCCAUGGCUCACGGGCCCAGCCGCUCCACGGCAUGUGGGAUCUUCCCGGACCGGGGCACGAACCCGCGUCCCCUGCAUCGGCAGGCGGACUCUCAACCACUGCGCCACCAGGGAAGCCCCCAGGUGGUCUUUACACUCCACACUUUGUACAGACUGAGGCCAGUUGAUCUCUGUUUUAUACUAGUGACAAUAAAGAUUAUUUUUUGGUACUCACGGGUGAGUUCUGUCUGGCAAGGCACGGUUAGGUGGAGUAGAGAGGAGAGGUGGGCACCAGUCAAGGCCUUGAGAAUGUGUCGGAUGGAUCGAGGCCACAUGCUGGCCAAGCCUGGAUGUUUCUCAAGGUCCUCUUUUGGUCAUCUGAGAGUUUCCCGUGCCCAGCAUGGAGCCUGGCCCAUAGUGGGUGCCCAAGGAUUGCUUGUUAAAUGAAUGAAUGGACAGGGGACUGUCAUCCAGGUGAGGUUUCCUGACAGAACCUAAAGCUAUGGAGGUCACUCUAACAGGGCCUGGGAGCUGGAGAUGAGUCAGACAGCAUCCGUGUCCUUGGCAAGUCCUGGGCUACCUGGCGAGAUAAGGAGUCCUGAGAAACGCACGAUCUACCACCACCAAGUCACACAAUGGCUCUGUUACCUUACCUCCAACAGGUCCCUGUCACGCACCCCCCACCCCCCGCCCUGUCAACCCUCUCCCUCCUCCCCAACCCCAGGUCUGCUGCCUGUCCUUACAGUUGGUUCUACGCCCUCCAGAAAGUUCUAUAAAUGGAAUCCCACAGCACUCAGCCCUCUGAGUCUGGCUUCCCUCUCCAGUCUGUCCUUCAACAUCCAGAGUGAUCUUUCCACAAUAUCACUCUGCCUGUUCCCCCAUGCCUCCACUUCAGCCCAGAUGGACCCUGCAGGGUCUGGCCUCUGCCCACUGCCCAUACCAGUACAUGUUUUUGUCUAAGAGUUUUCUAGUUUCAGCUCUUACAUGAUGGGGGAGCUUUGUAAGAAAGGUAUCAGACUGGUAACACCUGAACUGCUGCUCAAUCUUCAGAUCACAAAGAGAUAGACCCUCCCUCCACACAUGUGAACCUCAACGGGGCAUUGUUAUUAUUAUUAUUAUUAUUUUUUUUUUUUUCUUCUGUACGCGGGCCUCUCACUGUUGUGGCCUCUCCCGUUGCGGAGCACAGGCUCCGGACGUGCAGGCUCAGCGGCCAUGACCCACGGGCCCAGCCGCUCCGUGGCAUGUGGGAUCUUCCCGGACCGGGGCACGAACCCGUGUCCCCUGCAUCGGCAGGCGGACUCUCAACCACUGCACCACCAGGGAAGCCCCGGGGCAUUAUCUUUGCCAAGAAAUCAAGCUCCCUGAAUCCAAUGACUAGUUUAUCGGAAAUAAAAGGAACAGAGGAACACGUGAAAUGACACAUGGGGAUACAAUUACCAAAAUCCAGAUUGGGAAACUACAGAACAGAUAACCCAGUUUCUUCUUCAACAACAAAAAAUUACAAGAAAAGAUGGGGACUCUCUAGGUUUCAAGAACUUUAGACAUCUAUCAAGCAGAUGUAAUGUGUUGACCUAUUUGAUUCAAAUCCAAACUAGAGAACUGUAAGAAGCAUUUAUGAGCAAUUGGGGGAAAUUUGAACUCUGAUGAGAUGUUUGAUAAUAUUAAGGAAUUAUGGUUAACUUUUUAAGGGGUGAUAGUGGUAUUGUGGUUUGUUGUUUCUUUUUUAAGUCUAUACGUUUAAGAGAUUCAUUCUGAAGUAUUUAUGGGUGAAAUGAUGUCUCAGUGACAGCUUUGUUUUUAAAAUAACCCAGAGUUUAGGGGAGAGAGUGUGAGUAUGGUCAUAGGCUUGACCAUGAGUUGACAUUGAAGCUGGGUAAUGGGUACAUGCGAUUCAUGAAAUUAUUUAAUUUUGUAUAAGCUUGAAAAUCUAGAAUAAUUAAAAAAAAUUUAAUGUAGGAUCUCUCCCCAAAUCUUUGAGAUUGGUUGGGCAUGAGGUGGUGGGAUCCCAUUUUGUAGGUGAGGAAACUGACUCCUCCUCGAGGAGAACUGCCCCAAAUCAGUUAGUGGGAGAGCCAGGUCUGGGCCGGUCCCCUGCCCCUGCCUGGCUGACUUCCAGCUGGAAUUCCCAAGCCUGUAGGGGGUCCUCCCCUAGAGAGCCCCCUCCCUUCUCUGCAGCCCUCUGGCUGAUGGGAGGUGUUGUCCUGAGGUGACCUUGAGAAGGACCAACAUCUACAGCCAGCCCUUGGGGCCAGGCUUGGCAGCUCCAGCAGCCACUUGUGACCGAAGCAUCCCCAACCCUGGCUAAUCCCAGGCUGGGGAGCCAGGCCUGUCAGACAGAGGUGGGCAGAAAGGCCUCAGCCAUCCUCAGCCUGGAACCUUCCAGAG